AUGCCGCACAAAGUCUGCCUUGUGGGCUCCGGUAACUGGGGCUCAGCGAUCGCGCGCAUUAUUGGCGAGAACACAGCGAAGUUACCCGAAUUCGAGCCUAACAUUAACAUGUGGGUCUUUGAGGAACAAGUAGACGGCCGCAAGCUUACGGAGAUCAUCAAUUCGGAGCACGAGAAUGUCAAAUACCUCCCAGGGUACAAGCUGCCAGAAAAUAUUAUCGCUGUGCCUGAUCUUCUCGAAGCUGUUCGUGACGCUGACAUUCUCAUCUUUUGUGUGCCUCAUCAAUUUCUUGGGCGCAUGUUGACAUCUAUCAAGGAACAAGGUAUAAAACAAGGCGCACUGGCAGUCUCACUUAUCAAAGGUAUCGACUUUGAUAAAAACGGAAUCGUUUUGGUGUCCGACCUUAUCCGAAAGGGCUUGAACAUUGACUGCAGUGUCCUCAUGGGUGCUAAUGUCGCCAACGAAGUGGCGGCUGGCGACUUCUGCGAGUCCACCCUCGGCUGCACUGACUUGCGCCAUGGGGCGAUUCUACGUGACUUAUUCAAUGCCCCUACUUUCCGUGUGGACGUGGCACUGGAUCCAAAUGGUGUGGAGCUGUGUGGCGCGCUGAAAAACGUUGUGGCGCUCGGUGCCGGCUUUUGCGAUGGUCUCAAAUAUGGCGGCAAUACGAAGGCUGCUAUUAUCCGCAUUGGUUUGUGCGAAAUGAAGAAAUUCUGCUUCAAAUUCUUUCAGGGUAUUAAAGAGGACACUUUCUUCGAAAGCUGUGGUAUCGCUGAUCUAAUCACCACGUGUUUUGGCGGUCGCAAUCGCAAGUGCGCGGAAGCUUUUGUGACACAAAAAACCUCUUGGGAAGAGCUCGAGAAGACUAUGCUUAACGGCCAAAUGCUACAAGGCACUCUCACAUCUAAAGAAGUGUACGCUAUUCUUAAAGAUCACAACGCCAUCGAGCAAUUUCCGCUAUUCUCCGCAAUCUAUCGUAUCGCUUUUGAAGGCGCCGAUCCCACUUCGAUCGUUCAACUAUAG